AUGCUUCCUCCCCUCAGGUUAACACACACGCCGUUCAUCUGCAUCGAGAAGCUUGAUGAAGAGGACAUCCAUGCGGAAAUACGCUCGAUAGCACUCUACACACACCUCUGGGCACAAGGAAUAUGCGACGAGAGAUUCCAUCUGCGGACAGUAAAAGGAACGAAGAAGAAUCCCGCUGCCCCGCCCCACCCGUCAAACCACUUCUCAUUGUGGCUGAUACUCGCUGGAAGAGAGGACCACGCCGUGAUGGUCGACAUCAUCGCGGAGCAAUGCACGGAUCCCAGCGGCUCACCGAACUCCCUCGAGAACCUGCAUGGCCUCGUCCGUCUCAGCAGCAAGGACAGAAACACGGCGGAACACGUUGGCUGCGUCUUCGAGGAUAUGGCCAUCGUCAAGGGACUCACGCCGCUCCACGUCCUGAACUUCAUCCGCAUAAGGGGCUUGCAGUAUUAUACGUUCACCCCAUGUAACAAGGGUCGACUGGGGUGUAGAUAUUGGCUUUAUGUGCUCUACAGAGAGAUGGAGUCGGCAAGUUUGGUGGCGCCCGGUGGGGGUGAGACGUUGAAGAUGUACUUACUAAGGUUUCACAAUCGGGCGGGAGGAGGGCAGCGGAAGAACACAAACGCGUGGGUAUGGGAUACUGAACAUGAUUGGGACGACCUACCAGCAGGGAACUUCUAUGCGCCGAAGUGCAAGAUCGAUAUUUCCUACUGUCUGGAAGACACGGCCCCAGCCCAGUUCAACAAUGGCCAGCGCGGAAAAUGUCUGUUCGUUGAUUGA